AUGGUAACAUUUCGUCGAAGGUCUGAUUCAAAACAAAUUACGACGGAUCAUCGUUUUCCGGUUAGUGAUUUAUCACAGCAGAAUCGUUUCGAUAACUUUGAUGCUGAUCAAAGUCAUCCAACAUUGAAUAUGACAAUGCGCUUGAAGAAGAGCGAAAGUUUUGAUGACUUCGGACACAAUGAAUUACAUCCUCAAUUAUACAAAAAUAAUAAUGAUAGCAAAUUAAUUGAAUUUGAUGAAAUAAUGGAAAGAAAUGAGGAUUGUGAUCCCAUUGUUUCAACAACUCAUACAUAUCCCACCGAUGAUAUCAUUGAUAAUGAUAUUGAUGAUGACGAUGAUAGUGAAGUACAUCGAUGCG